AUGGAUGUGAUUAAGGCCGUCCGCGAGUACAUCAGCAAGUUUCUGGCUGACUCGGCUGGCAUGAAGGUGUUGCUGCUUGAUGAGGAAACGACCUCGAUCGUAAGCAUGGUGUAUUCACAGACGGAGAUCUUGCAGCAAGAGGUCUUCUUGGUCGAGCGUGUCGACGUACCCAACCGAGAGCCCAUGACACAUCUUCGUUGCAUCGCUUUUCUUCGACCCACCGCUUCUUCGAUCGAUGCUAUGGUCACGGAGCUGCGUCGCCCAAAGUACAGCCAAUAUGACCUCGUGUUUACCAAUGCUCUUUCCCCAAGUCAGCUGGACAAGCUGGCUCAAGCCGAUGAGCAAGAGACGGUGCGGCACGUUCAUGAAAUGUACGCCGACUACCUUGCCGUCGACAAGCACCUCUUUUCCUUCAACCUGGUCGGGUGUGCGAUCGAAGGCGGGCAGAGUUGGAAUAAGGGCAUUUUCAAGCGUUGUGUCAAGGGUCUCCUCGCUGUUCUUCUGGCGCUGAAGAAGCGCCCCGCCAUUCGCUAUGCGGCGGGCAGCCAACUAUGCAAAAAGCUGGGCGAGGAGCUGUCCUAUCAGAUUCAGCAAGAAGCUGAGCUUUUUGACUUCCGGCAGACCGCUGAUGCCCAGCCGCUUGUUCUGCUCCUGGAUCGCCGAGACGAUCCCGUGACGCCGUGCUUAAAUCAGUGGACUUACCAAGCUAUGGUGCACGAGCUUCUGACCAUUCAAAAGAAUCGCGUGAGCCUUGCAGACGUUCCUGGCGCGCCCAAGGAAAUGCCCGAGGUGGUCUUGUCCUCUGAAGCCGAUGACUUUUACACUGAGAACAUGUAUUCCAAUUUUGGCGAAAUUGGUGAAGCCAUCCGCUCCUUGGUCGAACAGUUCCAAUCCAAGACCAAAAGCCACGAGAACAUUGAGAGCAUCGAGGAUAUGAAGGCCUUUGUUGAAAAUUAUCCACAGUUCCGUGCCAUGUCCGGAACCGUCUCAAAGCACGUGACCAUUGUCACUGAGCUAUCACGGCUUGUGGAAGUGCGUCAGCUUAUGAAUCUCUCCGAGGCAGAGCAGGAGUUAGCCUGCCAGGGCGGCCACUCAGAGUCGGUCACGAAAAUCCGUGAACUUUUGGCAGAUCACCGUCUGUCAGCCUUGGAUCGGCUCCGUUUGGUGGUACUCUACGUGUUGCGACACGAGAAGAACCCAAAGAACCUCGAUGAAUUUAUGGAGAUGAUGCAUCGGGCCAACGUUGAACCUGCGCAGCUGCAGCUGGUGCGCGCUGUGACGGCCUAUGCUGGGUUGGGAACCAGCGAGCGCCAGAGCGACUUGUUUGGUACCAAGGGAGCAGCUGGUUUGUUCAAAUCAAUGACCGGUGGUCUGAAGGGCGUGGAUAACAUCUACACGCAACACGUACCGCUUCUGAAGGCCACUCUGGAUGCCUUGGCCAAGAACAAGCUGAAGGACACAGCAUACCCAUUCUGUCGGGGCAAUCAGAUGGACAGGCCGCAAGAUGUCUUUGUAUUUAUGGUGGGUGGCACGACCUUUGAAGAGGCACGCAGCGUGGCUCAGUUCAACAAGGAAAACCCAACCAUGCGCGUGGUGCUGGGUGGCACGACUGUCCACAACUUUGAGUCAUUCUGUGAUGAGAUUCGUGCAAGUUCGAGAUAG